AGUGACGGCCUCCCACAUUGCUUUAUUUGAUUCAGAAAAGUAAUUUUUUCUUUACAAAGAACAAAUACGGAGAUGCAGUCAUGCGGCUCUAAACGGAACGCCCAAAUGAACCUUUCUUAAUUACACGGACCUUGGUAACGCUUUCUGAAUGAGAACGGACUUCACUAAAGCAGGGCCUAACAAGCACAUAUCCACGCACGUGCCUCGUAGAUUUAUUCAUUAACAGAUACAGGAAUAUUGCCAUUUUCAAACGUCUUAUAAAGUCGUAGCAUCAUUUGGCUGUGUCAUUGAAGUAUCAACUGGCUUGAGUCACUGCAAAGCAGACCAGCUCGGUUUUUUAUCAGAGAGAAUAUAGGACAAAUCCCACUUAGGCGUCUGCUUAGCUAACCCUCAUUCAGAAAAAGACUUGCUGUUGACGUUACAUUAGUGAAAAUCAUGGCUGGAUUGUUCAAUAAUUAUCCUGGAUACACUUUGGGYGGUUUGAAUAUUCCACCAAGAUCUGCAGAGAUGUACAGUCCCAUGGUUGCAGGGCCACCUUACGGUUAUACAAGAAAGCAAAGAAGAGAAAGAACAACUUUCACCAAAAACCAACUAGAAAUUCUUGAAGAAUUGUUCUCCAAAACUCGAUAUCCUGAUAUCUUUAUGAGAGAAGACGUCGCUAUGAAGAUCAAUCUUCCCGAAUCAAGAGUUCAGGUUUGGUUCAAAAACAGACGAGCAAAAGCGAGACAACAAACUAAAGGAGAACCAAAGCCAAAACCAAAACCCAAGUCACCACCACCCUCUAAGGAGCUUCCACAGCCAGUUCCGCCUCCCCCCUGUCGGUACGCUAGUUGUAGUGGAAAUAUCUGGAGUCCCGCUCAUGAAACAGGGAGACCAUCGCUAGCUAACUAUCCCUCGCAUCCAGCAAUGAACAAUAGUAUGACGUCAUCYAACGCUGGUGCAUUCAUGGCUCCUUCCCAGCCUCCACCGUACUACUGCUCGACGUCAAAUGGUCCAUAUAUGUCCUUGGAKCAYAUGCAUUCUAUGGCCCCUCGAUAACUAAACGAUUGCUAGUACAUGAUAUUGAAGAGAGAUAGAGAAAAAAAAUAGUAAUUUAAUCUACAGCUAGCUUUACAACUAAUUCCGAAAAGGUUCUUCAUUUGAAAAAGAAUAUAGUCGUCAAAAGAGUCAUUUGGAUAUACUGAUUUCUUUUUUGACUCUUGUCACAGCCUCAAGUGUGUGGCAUGUUGCCUUUUGAAAGCUGUGAAACCUURAUAUGAUCACGUGGUGUAUUAAGGACAGCAAACCAAAUGACGUCAUUGCUAMCAAAAGUUCUUUUCAACUGGAUAACCUCUUUCAAUAUUAGAUGUACAUAAUUAGAAAAUACAUGAUUWCUUAAACAACUCUAGCAUUAAGAUACGAUAUCAUACACAAUGUAAUAUYAUUAUUAUCAUGGAAAAAAAUAAUGAAGAUUUAGAUAAGUAAGUGAUUCUUAUAUAUAUGUUCAGUUGAACUUGAAAGCUUAACUGAGGAUUUUGUAAAUUGUGAAUUUAUAUUUACUGUACAUGUGAUGGUGAAAGUAUGUUUUUAGUGAUGAUUAGCUGUAAUUAGGUUGUGYUUUAUGCUAUAUAUGAUAAGAUUUAACUAUCAAAAGCUUAAAUUAAUAUAUUCCAUAAUAAAAAGGUGCAUUUGUGUUCGAUUCAA